UUCUGUCAAAUCGACAACAAAACAGAAAAUUUGUAAUCAUUCAUUAUUUUUUUCUAGUAAAAGAAAAUUUUCUACUGUUUUCUCUUCGUAUACCCUUCGCCUAUAGCAGGAGAGUAGUUCCGUUAGUUUCUCGAUUUGUGCCACACAGCGCGCGCGGAAUGGAAAGUGACAAGAUGGAAAUCUACGAAUCAUUAAUCCGCUGGCUUGGAGUGCUCCAACUGUCUGCUCCGCACGAAAACAUCCAGCAGCUGAGCGAUGGCGUAGCCCUAGCGCAGGCUCUAAAUCUCAUGGCCCCGGAAAUGUUCAGUGAGGGGUGGCUAUCGAAAAUAAAGGUGGACGUUGGACACAACUGGCGCCUCAAAGUGAGUAACCUGAAAAAGAUCAUCGAAGGUGUCUACGUGUACUACCAGGAUAUUUUGAGCUUGAAUCUGUCGGAGGAGCUGCGCCCGGAUGCCAUGAAAAUUGCGGAAAAAUGUGACGGGUACGAGCUCGGCAGACUAUUGCAAUUGAUCCUGGGAUGUGCGGUCAACUGUUUGGAGAAGCAAAAGUACAUCACGCAGAUAAUGGAGCUGGAGGAAUCGCUUCAGCGGAACAUAAUGGCCGCACUACAAGACAUUGAAUAUGUGUGGCAAGGUGUGUCACCAUCGCGGAACUCAAUCAAUGCGUCCAGUUUGGACGUGAAAACGCUACAAGAGGAUCGUGACAGCUUGGCGCAAAAAUGUCACGAAACCAAUAAGAAGAUGCUGAUAUUGAUCGAGGAGAAAUCGGUUCUCCAACAGGAGAUACACAAACUGCAAGCCAUUAUCGAGCGGUACGAGAAUCCGAAUCUCAUCGGUGACGACGGAACAUCGCUUGGGCCCGUUCAGUUGGGAUCAUCCCGGUACAAUGAUUUGCGAAAAGUGGUGGACGGACUGAAGGACGACCUGCUGCAGACGGAAACUGCGCGCGAUGAUUUAAAGAUGAAAUCCGCCAUGCAGGAGAAGGAGAUAGCGGACCUGCAGGUCAAGAUUGACGAGCUGCAUACAGCAUCAGCAGAAAUUGCUCAGCUAAAAGACGAAAUCGACAUCCUUAAAGAGGCGAACGACAAACUGAAAAACUGCGAAACCCAACUACAGACGUACAAGAAGAAAUUGGAGGAUUACAAUGAUCUUAAAAAGCAAAUUAAAAUGCUGGAAGAACGCAGCGCCGAGUAUCUCAAACAAAACCUCCAGCAUGAAGAGGAAGCUAAAAAGUACUCCGGUCUUAAAGGGCAGGUGGAACUGUAUAAGAAGGAAAUCCAAGAUCUGCAUGUAAAGCUGGACUCAGAGAUGAGCAAAACCAUCAAGACGGAGUUCGAGUACAAUCAGGUGCAAGCCAAACUGUCUGUGGUCCAGCGGGAAAAGGAUCAUCUUCUAAGUGAACGAGACGUCCUAAGAGAGACCUGCGACGAGCUCAAAUGUGGUCAAGCCGCAGAGGAUUCCGAGAGUGGAAACACCAUGUCUAAGGAGCUGCAUUCGAAUGAUGUACGGGAGCGAAUUGAACGAUUGGAAAAGGAAAAUAAAGCCUUACGAGAAGGUCAAGGGGGACAAACCGCCCUUUCGCAACUACUAGAUGACGCGAAUCAGCGAAACGAAAAGCUAAGGGAUCAGCUGAAGGCCGCCAACCAACGAGUUUUGCUGCUGAGUCAACACCACAGUGAGGAUAUAAGCUCGAAAAGCGACAUGGAUAUUCAGCUAAAACAGGCUCUCGAGCUGAACGAACAGCGUUCGUCUCAAAUAGACGAAGCACAAUCGCAGAUGACUCAGUUGCAUACGAAAAUCGCACAUUUGGAGGCUGUACUGUCGACAAAAGAUCAAGAACUGCUGGCGGCUGAUUCGCGCUAUAAGAAGUGCGUCGAAAAGGCCAAAGAAGUGAUUAAAACACUCGAUCCGCGCGCCAUCAAUGAAGCACUCUUACUGGACAAACCGUCACAGGACGGCGAAGCUUCCUCUUCUUCGGCCACCGGAGGUGACACUGCGACCCUUACUCCAACCAGUAGUACAGGCCGUGUUCCGAUGGGUGUGCAAGAAGAGCAGCUAAUUGCGACCGCCUUCUACCGCCUGGGAAUGACUUGUCAACGUGAAGCCGUCGAUUCAAGACUUGCGCUGCUUAGUGGACCGGGCCAGAGCUUUCUUUCCCGGCAACGACAACCGGCCCCGCGCAAACCAUUGAAUAUGCAGUUUGGCAAAAAAUAGACAACAAAGUGGUGGACAUUGUAGGUAAAACGGUGAAGAAAAAAGGCAUUCACAGGUGGUGCCUUGCGAAUUAUUUAGUAACGUAUUUUUAUCACACGACCUAGGAAUAGCACUUCUAACUGAUAACGUACUGUAGACAUUAUGUGAAACAAAAUUUUAUUUAUGUAUUAUUUAUACAUACCCGUCUAAUAAUUUCAACAAGAUUUUAUGAUCUUUUCCAAUAAAGUAUCUUUUUUUGUAAUACCGCAUCAUAAAA